AUGUUUAAAUCAUCUGAUCCAAGUUCUAAUACCGACCAAUUGGACGGAUGUAUUACUUGCAAGAUUACAGUUUGUUCAGAAUCAGAUGAUUCAUGUUGUAAAUCCCAUCUUGAUUGUGCUUCCAACAUUAAUACCAACAAAUGCUCUACUAGUCGUUGCAUUAGUAACAAGUGUUCUCCAUCACCUGUCGUCUGUGACACUGUCAACAAGUGUGUCAACUCGUAUUGUGAUGCUGUCAAGGGAUGUGUAUCCAAUCCAAUCAAUUGCGACGACAACAAUGUGUGUACAGUCGACUCUUGUAACAAUUCAACUGGAUGUUGUCAUACCAUGAUUCCAGGUUGUUGUACCGACAAUUCUCAAUGUUCCAAUUCUGGUGACCAAUGUAACACAGGUCGUUGUAUCAACAACAAGUGCUCGUUGUCUCCAGUCGUUUGUGACUCGUCUGACAAAUGCAAGAACUCGUUUUGUGAUAAGUCCAAAGGAUGUGUCUCCACUCCAGUUGUAUGUGACUCUUCCAACAACAAGUGUGUCAACUCGUACUGUGAUGCUACCAAGGGAUGUGUAUCCACUCCAAUCAAAUGUGAUGAUGGUGACUAUUGUACCAUUGACUCGUGCAACAAUUCUACCGGAUGCUGUUACACUCCAAUCCAAUGUGACUCGUCUGACAAGUGCAAGAACUCCUACUGUGACAAGACCAAGGGAUGUGUCUCCACCCCAGUCUCAUGUGAUGACAACAAUGUCUGUACUCUAGAUGCAUGUGACAGCGCUACCGGCUGCACUCACACCAACAUCCAAGGAUGUUGUACCAACAAUGCUCAAUGCGAUAGCGACAACGAAUGCAAUAUCGACAGUUGUAUGAACAACAAGUGUGUAUCGUCUCCAGUCGUCUGCGACACCUCUGACAAGUGCAAGUAUUCGUAUUGUGACAAGACCAAGGGUUGUGUCUACACUCCAGUCGUCUGCGCAGACUCUUCCAACAAGUGUGUCAACUCGUACUGUGAUGCUGCCAAGGGAUGUGUCUCUACUCCAAUCAAUUGUGAUGACAAUAACGUGUGUACAAUCGACUCUUGCAACAAUUCAACUGGUUGCACUCAUACCAUGAUUCCAGGUUGUUGUACCGACAAUUCUCAAUGCGCCAGUGACCAAUGUAACACAGGUCGUUGUAUGAACAACAAGUGUGUAUCGUCUCCAGUCAUCUGUGACACUUCUGACAAGUGCAAGAACUCGUAUUGUGAUAAGACCAAAGGUUGUGUCUACACUCCAGUCGUCUGUGAUACCUCCAACAACAAGUGUGUCAACUCGUACUGUGACAAGACCAGAGGAUGUAUCACCAACGCAGUCACUUGUGACGACGGUGACUUUUGCACUACAGACUCUUGCAACAAUUCAACUGGAUGUUGUUACACUCCCAUCCAACGUGAUGCCUCUGACAAGUGCAAGAACUCCUACUGUGACAAGACCAAGGGAUGUGUCUCCUCUCCAGUCACUUGUAAUGACAACAAUGUCUGCACAGUCGACUCUUGUAACCCAUCUACCGGAUGUUGUUACACUCCUAUCCAAGGUUGUUGUACCGAUGACUCUCAAUGCAACAGCAACAACAAGUGCAAUAUCGAUCGUUGCAUCAACAACAAGUGUACCGUCUCACCAGUCAUCUGUGCUCCAUCUACCGACAAGUGCAAGAACACCUACUGUGACCAGUCCCAAGGAUGUGUCUCUAUCGACAUUCAAUGUGAUACUGUCCAAGUAGUCGACAAUGACAACGAUGAUUGUCAAGGUGACGAAUGCUUCCAUUACGGUUACGAGUACCAUUACAAUAAUUAA